CUCGUCUCACUACUGCGGAUGAUUCCCAUUGCUCCCGUCCCUUACAACACAAAAAACUUGUGGUUCUCAGUCUUAUUUGGUGCUUUUCGCUCUCUUCCACCCACCUCUUCCCUUCCUCUCUCCCCCUCCAUUCCCCGCGCUCCCGCCACUUCUGCUUCUUCGCCCCUUCUUAUAUAUCUCGACAAAACCCACCUGUGUUCCUAUCGACUGUCCUCGUCAACACACCCUCUCUGGGAAAUACGCCUGAUUGGGAUUAUCACAAUCUGCCCUACCUUUCAUCACUUCUGUACCGAGGCUAGCCCUUGCAUCUGUGCUUAUCCGCGCGAGUCCGACACAUUCACUAGUCAAAGCCAUCAAAGGCAGAUGCGCCAGAGCAUCCCGCCAAAAUGCCUGGAAUUCUUCCGAUGAAAGUGAUCAAGGUUGGCAAUGGCUCCCAAAGUCGUAUUGCUCAGGCCUGCGAUCGAUGCAGAAGCAAGAAGAUUCGCUGUGAUGGUGUUCGACCCUGUUGCACUCAAUGCGCCAAUGUUGGCUUCGAGUGCAAAACAAGCGAUAAACUGAGCCGUCGCGCUUUCCCUCGCGGAUACACUGAAUCCUUGGAGGAACGAGUACGUGCACUAGAGUCGGAAGUCAGGGAUCUCAAAAACCUUCUGGAUGAGAAGGACGAAAAGAUAGACGUCCUCUCACGAAUCCAUUCUUUUUCAACGUCGUCACAAUCAAGGAUCACCACUGCGAUCCGUUCACCAUCAACGGCACCGGCGGAGGCCAAUCAAGCCGAAGCCGCUGCGGCUGAAGGCGUGAUCAAAGUUCGUCAAGUGUCUCAGUCGCACAACACAAUUGACAACACCGUCUGUACGGGUGUUUCGAGCACUUGUGGUUUUGUCGAUGCCUUUGUCAACAAGCUAUCAGACCAAAAUCGGCUACCGUCUAAUUUCUCCAUCAGGGAGCUGACCGCCCUUCCUCCUCCCAUAUCUCGUUCACAUUUUGAUCAAACUCUGAAGUCAGCGCCUCGGCUUGUAUCGGAUCAACUUAUCAACAUUUUCUUCCAGGAAUGGGCUCCUCUAUACCCGGUUGUCCAUCGUCCAUCGAUCCUUAAGGCCUAUGAGCAGUAUUUGUUAGGCACAGAAUCGUUGCGUGAUAGCAAACACAAUCUCACCCAGCUGAAUUUAAUCUUUGGCAUAGCCGCUCUUGCUUCUACUUCGAGGACGAACCAAGACCCCGCAUUCUUUGAGGAUAACUGGUCACCUAUGUUGGAAGCCAUAUCAAGCGACAUCUCCAUUCCUACCCUGCAAUGCUAUAUUCUUGCUCAAAUGUACUGCAUGGCCAAGGGCGACUACACAAGUCUUGGAUCCUAUAGAGGAUAUGCUGUCACUCUUUGCCACCAAUUGAGACUUCACCAGAGCCAGAAACGCUUUGCCUCAAACCCUCUUGAGGCGGAAACUCGGAAGAAGGUAUUCUGGUGUCAAUAUGUUCUUGAUCGAUUCACUGCGGCUUUAACAGGUCUGCCUGUUGUUAUACGAGAGCAGGACAUCAGAACAGAAUACCCUGAAGACAUCGACGAUGAAAAUGUCACUGAAACGGGAUUUUUGCCCACACUUCCUGGCGAGACGACCCGCAUUUCCAGCUCGAUUGCAUUAUUCGCAGCUUCCAGGUUGCUCAACAAAGCGUUGGAGGAUGUGUACCCUAGUGAUGGCGAUUACGAUAUCUCCUUGUCCAAGAUGCGUCUGGUUGCGGAGCAGCUCGAUGCAUGGGUUAAGAGCUUGCCUGCCCAUCUUCGUCUUGAAUUCACGCAGGAUAAACCCAGCACGAAUGUUACAAGCAGUCGUUCUCCCCUUCUGUCGCUUGUCUAUUAUUUUAUCCGCUCCUUGAUUCAUCGGCCUGCUGUAUGCUUUGGGGAAGACUGCGUUCGAUCGCCUUCCAUUCUUGUCAUCGCUGAUUCAGCCAAGCACAUAAUCCAGAUUUUACAGCUACUCGACGAGCGACGCCUCUGUCUUUCUCUCAGUCUAAACCGAAAAGAGCUGGUCUUUGCUACUGGCCUCAAUCUGUUGUGGCAGAAUCUGAAUUUGAAGCAUGACAGCAAACUCGCGAAAGAGAGUCAGAAGCUGAUUGCUACCGUCGUUGAGCAGCUGGAGACCGAGUCGGGCCCCACGGCUGCAGAAUUUAAUGCUCUGGCUAGUAUCCUGGGCACCCUAGGCACUCUGAAAAAUCGUGAGCACGGUUCUUCCGGUAGAAUCGCGGACAUGUCCCCCCCUGUUCAGAAUUCUCUGAAGUCUCCCAAGAAGCAGCUCCAGUCCUGGAAGGCUCGCUUGACUGGUCAGUCCAGUCCGUCGCUCACAGAGAAGCAGGAUUCUCCUUCUCGCAGAGCCACAAUCUCCGGCGCGAGCACUCAUCCCAAUGCGCGCCAUGUUCGGUCUGCGAGCUGGGCAAGCCUACCUUUGGACAAUCCAAACGCGCCGCAGAUAAUCGCCGAAAAGGCAUAUCUUCGCUCUUCUUCCUUGGCCUUCGAUGGCAGCCACGUUCUUUCUAGCUCUGCGCCUUCGGACACGACAGGGGCCCCCAUCACAGUAUCGGACUGGGAGUUUGUUUUGAGUGAUAUGGACAGGGGCUAUUCAAAUAUAUUCACUGGGAUUUAUGGCGGAAGAGAAUGCGGCGAGGACAGCGGGCCAUUCGCUUCCAUCACUGCUGAGUAUGCUCAGAAAUCAGACCACAACCCACCUUCGCGUAACGAGCUACAAGGGUUGUCGCCAGAGGCGUGGUCUGCUAGUAGCAACGGUGAUCUGCAUCAAGGUCGAGAGGUCGCGGCGCAGAGUGUUCUCAGUUACUCUGACGAGAGCAUGGCAAGCCCCGGCGAUGCGAUCCCUUACAGCGACGUACACCUGUCCCCAGAAGAGCACGUCAAUCUUCUGGAUCCAUUUUCCGGUGUAGUCGUUCCUGGUCUGGAUGAUGAAGUUCACGAUUUUGGACUAAUCAAUGGUUGGGAUCGACGGCUGGUCGUCUGAUCCAUCGCUGACUGCGGGCUACCGCUACUAUGAUGUAUACGAAUGAAUUUGGCGUUAAUGUUGUUAUAUUUGUAUCUUUGCGCUGGACAGCGGGGCAGAGCGUAUAGGAGUUACCUGUACAUACUGGUCGGAUAUUUCUUUCUGUGAUACCUGGGGCGCAUUGAUUCAUGAGGUGAGAUGGCGAGUGCGCGAAUUCAAGGUACUUUUUCAUGCAUUCACCUGCUUUUUUUCAUUUGAAUCGAGUGAACGGUCCUCAACCCGAACCCCGUGUAUGCUGUGUAAGACCCGUGUUCCUCCCAUGUCGUACAGGACAUGGACGCCAUCAGAAGCGCAAUGACUGGACUUUCAGUCCCACUCUGACCCCAGGCUGGUGCAUGAUUUAUCGGGCAGUUGCAGUUUGGGGCUGC